AUGGGACAACGCUUCCAAGCAUACGUUAUUGCUCGUAUCAAUUCUACCUAUCGUUGUAUCGCAGGAUGGCAUAAUCAAUGGUGUUGGGGUGCUCUUCCCGCCCAAGCUGCUCGUCGUUUUAUCGAUCUGGUCAAAGUAAAAAGUAACGCUGACAUUAUUCGCGAAGAACUCAAGGCCUUUUCCCUUGACAAAACGGACUCGGACGAUCAUCCUUGCCCAUUCAUUAACUUUCUACUAGCGGUCGCAAUCAAUACUAAUCUCGAAGGCGAGAUCUUUUCAUCAAUGUCCGGUGCCAUGUUCCAAAACGCAUUAAUUCCAGCGUCGUCUGAUCCAUGGAGUGAGGAUAACGACGAGGGUUUCGCUGUGUUCGACGUUACAGAUCCUCAAAAUCCAGCAUAUUGUCUUAGCUCGGAAGAUAUGUGUACUGCUCCUCUCAGCGCAGAAGACUAUACGCUGCAGAAUCGCCACAAUGAACGUCUUGACGAGGAAACGGUUGCGUUUUUCAGACAAGUAAAGAUGAUUGAACCGUAUGUUCUUGAAGAAGUUUGGGGUUUCGAGUCGGGUUGCGACCAGCCUGCACUAGAGGGUUCGGAGCACACACUGGCACGCACCAUCGUACCCUCCCUUACUGACCUUGCGCUUGAGCCCGCCAUAGACCAAGCUGUUGUAUGCGAUGAUCCAGAUCCACUUGAACGCUUCAUCUGGCUUCCGGAAAAGGCGUCAUUGAUUAUGAAGAUCCUGCGCACCCGAUGCUAUGCCUCGUUGGGACCUGCCACAAUGGCAUUCAUAUCCAAGGUCGUCCAAGCCAAUCCCUCGGACAUCGAUCUGUCAUAUCUGUCGCUUUCCUCAGAUGAUAUUGUUCAAGUUUUAUCCUGUUUGGAGAGAUCACAAACCAUACAUUGUCUCAACCUCUCCCACAACGAACAUGUCUCCACCAACACUCUCCAUGUUGUUCUCAAAGCCCAUCCCAACAUCCGUCGGAUCGUCCUUUACGGAACGUCCAUCUCAGACGAAGAUCUCGACUCCCUACUAUACUCGGAACGUUGCUUAUUCUAUGGGGUAGAGGAGGUGAUCCAUCCAGCGUUGUUUUCGUUCGGGUCCUCGCGUCGAAAAUCUCGCCGCCCUGCCUUCUCGUUUUGGUCUGCUCCCGGACUAUCUAGAACUAGUGUCACAGCAUCUUUACCUCUCCUCAAUCCCACCUUGAUCCUUCAGUCUAUCUCUAUUCUGUUAAAAGCUUGGAUCCAUGUCAUACGGGAGAACGAAUUUGGAGACGGAUGGACGCUGAGUGAGUCCCAGACGACAUGUUGGUCUGCUUUCAGUGGUGGGCUUCGUGGAAAGGACCAGCGUUGGGGCGAGCGUGCUAUUAUACAAUGCCCCUUUCCCUCCCCCAGGAUGUUUUUCGAAGGGUGGAUGUUCGUGUUGGAUUCGUCCAAACUUUUCGGAUUUGAAGGGAUUUUGAAAUAUGGAUUUAUUCGUCCCAAGUCCAAGGUUUACGAUCAAGCUCAAGACGUUCUACCCGAAUAUGAAAUACACGAAUUGGAUUCUUUCUUGACUGAACUGAAGGCGGAAGGGUAUCCGGAGGCACUUGCAAGCGUGGUCGAUGAAAUGAGGGUGCUUUUGAUUCGAUUGAAGGAGACGAUUCUAGAGUUGAAGUUGGAUGAUGCGCGACUGACCGGAGUAAAGGAAACACUCACGUUAUUCACGGAAGAAACAAUCAAAGAAUGCAUUGGCCGAUGUAAAAGUAGUUUACAGCUGUUUCGAUAA